UUUAAUCGACAGACUACUAGCGCCACCACGUUUACCUUCUCCAGAUAUUGGCUGUUGGGAAGUCCUUUCGCCGUUCGGUAGAUCGUCAACAUGACGAAAGGUACCUCCAGUUUCGGAAAACGGAGGAACAAGACCCACACGCUGUGCCGGCGGUGUGGCCGCAGCAGUUACCACAUCCAAAAGUCGAAAUGUGCCCAGUGCGGUUACCCCAACAGCAAGCUGAGGCACUUCAACUGGAGUGUCAAGGCUAAGAGGAGGAAGACCACUGGCACUGGCAGGCUGCGUCACCUCAGGAAGGUCUGGAGGCGUUUCAGGAAUGGAUUCCGCGAGGGAGGCCUUCAGAAGUCUCAGAAGCACGCAGGAGCUGCUGCGUCCGUGGCUGCCCCCAAAUGAUCAUGUACAAAGAUCGUACACCCAAUAAAACCUGAGUCCCCACACAA